UCUCGAGGACCCUGUUUCUCACACCUGGGACCUUUAAGAUGUGUGGACUCCAACUCCAAAGAAUUCCCUAGCCAGCCCUGCUUUAUCUUAGCUUGGGAAGCUGAGAGCUGGGAUUGCAUGACGCCGUUUCUCUUCCUUCCACCCGUCCCCUUGUGCGUUGCAGCCUCUCCAGCCCAGCAUCUGUGGCUACUACCUCACGCAGUUCUCCUUCUACUGCUCCUUGGUCGUCAUGCUGCCUUUUAAGGUCAAACGGACGGACUUUUGUAAGGAAAUUGUCCACCAUGGGGCCGCCCUCCUCCUGAUGAGCUUCUCAUACUGCGCGAAUUACAUCCGUAUCGGUUCGGUUGUCAUGAUUAUACACGAACCUUCAGAUGUUUUCCUGCACUUCGCGAAGAUGUUUAACUACCUGAAGUGGCAGAAGACUUGCAACACCCUCUUUUUCAUAUUCACAGCAGUAUACCUGUUCUCUUUCCUGGUGUUUUUUCCAUUCAAGUACGUUUCGGGAAUGCAUGCAGAAAGGGGGGCGGGGUUUGAUGGCACAGUUGCAGCGCCAACUUGACUUUUUUGACACCCCCACACAC